AUGUCUCCCAUCGCUGUUGAGCAGACUCCCGACGCCAUCGAGGCCAUCAAGGCUGGCGUUGCGGCCACGACCAUUGGUGACGUCAAGGUUGACCUCCGCUCGUUUGCGUCAUUCGACACUGCCCCCUCCAUCGGCACCGAAUUCCCUGCCGCGUCCAUCGAUGGCAAGCCCGUCCUCGACAUCCGCGCUGUCCUUGAGGACCCCGAGAAGCAAAAGGCCCUUGCCAAGCUCGUCUCGGAGCGUGGUGUUGUCUUCUUCCGCAACGCCAUUCUGUCCCCGUCCGAGCAAAAGGACCUGGCCAUUGCUCUCGGCACGCAGAGCGGCAAGCCCGCCACGUCGGGUCUUCACACCCACCCUCUUACCUUCCAGGACUCGGAGGAGGGCGACGAAGUCACCAUCAUCUCCAAUGACUACCGUGAUGCCAAGAAGAAGGUCCCCAUCUAUGGCGAGCGCCGACUGGGCAAGACUGGAUGGCACUCGGACAUCACCUUUGAGCCCAUCCCGUCCGACUAUGCCACCUUGCAGCUCCGAACCCUUCCUCCUGUUGGUGGUGACACCCUUUGGGCGUCGGCAUACGAGGCUUACGACCGCCUUUCGCCCUCCAUCCAGACCCUUCUCGAGGGUUACACCGCAGUCCACGAGGCCAACUUCUUCAAGCUAGUUGCUGCCGCCCGUGGCGAAAAGAUUCGUGACGGAGUCCGCGGAGCUCCCGAGAACGUCGGCGACGACCUCAAGGCUGUCCACCCAGUCAUCCGCACCAACCCUGUCACGGGCUGGAAGGGACUGUUUGUCAACAAGGGCUUCACCAAGCGCAUCGUCGAGGUCACCGCCCCCGAGUCGGACGCGCUCCUCGAGUUUCUGUUUGAGCACAUCUCGGCCAACCACGACCUCCAGACCCGGUUCCGCUGGGAGGAGAACUCGCUGGCGAUCUGGGAUAACCGUAGCACGUUCCACACCGCGACCCAGGACGUCGGAGACGCCAAGCGUAUCGGUACACGCUCAGUCUCACUUGGCGAGCGCCCGUACUUUGACCCCAAGAGCCAGAGCCGUCGCAAGGCUCUCGGCAUCACGGACGACUUUGAUUCCAUUGCCUAA